AUGUUUCCAAUCGCAUCCCAUCUUGUCUUCGAAACAUCCAACAAUGGUUCCAACAAAUUCCAUUCAAAAAUAGUCGAGAAUGACAGAAAUCAUCGACACACUCAAUUUGAAAUCGAGAGCAUCUUAAGAAGCUCACCAAGUAAUAACAAUAGCGACAUUUGUGUAACAGCAGAUGAAUUCAUAGCUAAAAAUUCAGGAUCGCAUCAAUUCAGCUUCGAUCAAGUUCAAAUUGACAAUAAUUCCCCAAAAGUAUUUUCAAUCAUUCCACAUACAAUAGAAGGCAUAAUGAUUCCUCAGGAACCAAUGUUGAGGAACAAAUUUUGGAUCAAAAAUAUUAAAAUUGCUGAUAAUAUCCCGAGUGCAAAUGUUAUGCUUCAUUUUAAUGAAGAUAGAGUCGAACUAAAGGCAAUAAAGUCAAUUAAUUCAAAUGACGAACUUUUAAUGUGGUUUUCAGAAGAAGUUAUUAGUUUUAUGGGCAUUCCGUUCUUAAUUCCUGGAAAUAUUCAAGCAAGAAAUUGCGAUCAGUUUGAUGAGAAUAUUAUAUGGAAGAGACUUCAAGCUGAGCUACUUUCAAGGCAUCAACGAAAAUUGAUGAUUCAUUCAAGAAAUUUUGAUCAAAUAUUCAAUCCAUUUCAUCAUCAUCAUCAUGGCUUUAUUCAUGGAAAUCCACAAUUGUUACUGCAACAGUCAUCGACAUCAACAGCAGCCACAAAUCAUCACAGGUUCUCAGCAUUUCAACCAGUUCAAUUGAAAACAAGUCCGAGAUCAUCUCCAACAUCGGCUGUAAUUCCAUUGAUGCCGCAAUCGUCAAGCGUCAAUGAUUCAGCACUUGCCGCUGCUGCACAUCUCGAAACAAUAGUAAGCAAUAUGGGCACGAGUAAGCAAGGACAUUUGUGUAUUUAUUGCGGUAAACUUUAUUCACGGAAGUAUGGUCUUAAAAUUCACAUUCGAACACAUACAGGUUUUAAGCCAUUAAAAUGUAAAUUUUGCUUUCGACCGUUCGGUGAUCCAUCAAAUUUGAAUAAACACAUCAGACUGCAUACUCAACAUUCCAAUGAUCACAGUACGUCAUCUGAAAACUCAUCGUCAUCAUCAAGUGCUCACCAUUGUCAUAUUUGCAAUAAAAAUUUCUUAAAACAAAGAGACUUACAGCGACAUGUGCAGCUUAAGCAUGCCGAUGUGUUGAUAGUUAAUGGAAAUCCAGCAACACCACAGGAAGAUUCUCAAGAUUUGACACUUUUAUCAUCACCGGCAUCGUCAGGGUCAUCGAAUGAUGAUAUUUGUGAGGACGAUGAGGAUGAAGAAACCGAUGUUGUUGAUUGA